AGGGGGUAGCCCCUGCCCGGCGUGUCCCGGGGCGGGGGGAUGCGCGGCGCUGAUGGCGGUGAGGCCCCACCGCCGCUCUCCCCCCCGCCCUCCGCCUCCCCUCCCGCUCCGCGCAGCCGGUGGCGGCGGCCGCCGCUGCGGUAACGGUGCGGUGCGGUAACGGUGCGGUGCGGUAACGGCGGGCCCCGGCCAUGAGGUCUACUGCCUUCCGGGCGGCCGAACCGCCACGGGGGGGGGUGCAGGAAGAAGAAGAGGAGGAGGAGGAGGAGGAGGGCACCACCGCCCCGCACCGCCCGCCGCCCCGCCGGCCCCGGGAGCCGCCGCCGCUGGGGGCACACAAGGGCCGCGGCGGCGGCGGCGGAGUGGUGGCGGCGGCGGUCCCGGAGCAGCAGCAGCAGCAGCAGCACCACCGGCAGCAGCAGCAGCAGCAGCGCUGGGCCGGGCCGGGGCCGCUGGCCGGUGGCAAGCAGGCCGGGUCGGGGGAUGCAGGCGCUCGGCCGCGCUUCCAAACGGGGCUACCCGUGCGAAGCAGCGGGGAAGGAGCUACGGGCCCGGGGCCCACCGAAGCGGGGCCUCCUCUUCCUCUUCUUCCUCCUCCGCCGGUGUCCGCCGAGAGCAAGUGGAAGAGCGGCCCGCGGCGAGGCGGGAUGGGGGCCGGCGGGGGCUCGCCGGGGCAGGCGGCCUGUCUGCGGCAGAUCCUGCUGCUGCAGCUGGACCUCAUCGAGCAGCAGCAGCAGCAGCUGCAGGCCAAGGAGCGGCAGAUCGAGGAGCUCAAGGCCGAGCGGGACACGCUGCUGGCGCGCAUCGAGCGCAUGGAGAGGAGGGUGCAGCUGGUGAAGAAGGACAGCGAGCGGGAGAAGCACCGAAUCUACCAGGCCUUCGAGGUGGACGAGAAGCCAGAGGUGGAGGCCUGCGAGAAGCUGCCCCUGGAGUGUGCCCAGGACCUGUUGGAGCCACCCCCGGCCCUGCAGCCCAAGCACUUCCCCUACGGCAGGAACGGCAAAGGGCAUAAAAGGAAGCCAACGUUUGGGAGUGGGGAGAGGAAGACUCCGGUGAAGAAGUUGGUGUCGGAGUUCUCCAAGGUGAAGAGCAAGACCCCGAAGCACUCCCCGGGGAAGGAGGACUCCGGCGGCUCCUUGCCCGAGGCCGUCUGCAAACGAGAGCUGAGGAGCCAGGAGCCUGCCGAGAAGCCCAGGACGCUGCUGGAGACUCCCCUGCGAGCCUCUGCCCUGCCCAAGGGCCCCGGUGCCCACCCCAAGGAGAAGAGCUUCUUCAGCAGCGAGACAGACGACCUGCCCUACCUGUCCACCACCGAGAUGUACCUGUGCCGCUGGCACCAGCCGCCCCCCUCGCCGCUGCGGGAGCCCUCCCCCAAGAAGGAGGAGACUGUAGCAAUUCCAUCUUGGAGGGACCAUGUCGUGGAGCCCCUGAGAGACCCCAACCCCUCAGACAUCCUGGAGAACCUGGAUGACAGCGUCUUUGCCAAACGGCAUGCCAAGCUGGAGCUGGAUGAGAAACGGAGGAAAAGGUGGGACAUUCAGCGGAUCAGGGAGCAGAGGAUUCUCCAGCGGCUGCAGCUGCGAAUGUACAAGAGGAAAGGGAUUCAGGAGUCGGAGCCUGAAGUUACCUCAUUUUUCCCUGAGCCAGACGAUGUGGAAAGUUUGCUCAUCACCCCCUACCUGCCUGUCGUCGCCUUCGGCCGGCCCCUACCAAAACUGACCCCACAGAACUUCGAGCUGCCCUGGCUGGACGAGCGCAGCCGCUGCCGGUUGGAGAUGCAGAAGAAGCAGACCCCGCACCGGACCUGCCGGAAAUAGCAGAGCCCCUGGGAGCUCCGUGUGGCACCAGCUCAUGCCAACGUCCUCUCCUGCCUUGCUGACGGAUGGUUUCGUUCCUCCGUGACCCUGGUUUCGUUCUGUUGGGUUUUGCAACACGUUUCUCAGACUUGUGCCCCUGUGCUGGCAGCUGCCCCCUGAGCGGGCAUCGCUCAGCUGCCGCCCGAGGCUUCCCACCGGGGGCAGCGGGCAGACCUCAGCCUGCCUGCCCGUCCUGCCCCUGCCCUCCUGCAGCCAACGUUUGGUUUGGUUUGGACAUUUGGCUCCGAGCCACGAGUGGGAGUGAAGAGAAGAGCAGAACCAGAGCCCGGUGCUGAGGAGGGUGCCACGUUUGCCAAGCUGCAUCCUGCCGGGACUCUGCCAGCUGCUGCCAACCUCCUUUAGUUAGAUAAGAGGAUGAGGAGUUUUGUGUCUGAGCAGCACGGGAGGCAACAGCGGGCACCGGUGCCUGGUGCCCUUGGGCACAGUGAGGAGCAAGGCCCCAGAAUGUGCCAGGAGAAGCCUCUUUUGGGUUGUUUUUCGUCUCUCUUGAGUUGGCUGUAAAGGAGUCAAGAGAGGAGACUUCAACCACACCAACAACAAA